AUGCGGAGGAGGGCAGAGGUGGGCGAUGGCAACGCGGAGGGCUCGCAGGAGGGGGUGGAGGGCCGUGACGCGGGGGGAGGUGGGAAAUCCGGACGCAGUGGGCAACGUGAAGGAGGCGGCAAGCGUGGGCUGCGUGGGCAAGCUGCGUGGGCGGCGGCGCAGGCGAAGCAGGGUGAGGAGAGCGGUGUGGGCGGGCAGCGCAGGGCAGUGCGGGCGGGCAGCACGGAGGGUCGCGCAGAGGAGGGUCGCGCGGAGGAGGGUCGUGCGGAGGAGGAGGGCCACGCGAAGAUGGACAACGCGGAGGCGGGCAACUUGGGCGGGCAGCGCGAAGGAGGCGGCGAGCGUGGGCUGAGCAGGGCGAAGGAGAACAGGGUGGCGAGGAGGGCGACGCAGAGGCGGGUGCCGCGGUGGGCGCGAGAAGGAGAGCGAUGCAGAGGUGGAUAG